GUGUGUGUGUUUGAUGUUGUGACUCUAGAAUUUCCCUUUGUAAAGAUCAAAGCACACAACCUCCAAAAAGGGAAAGCUGCGUCCACAGCUGCGUGUAUGAGAAAUUGUCCGAACUCAACUUUUACGACUUCAUCAUCGAACUUUGACAAGACAAGAUAAGAUAAAUCAGUAGCAUCUUUUUAAAGAGUAAAUAAGGAAACAUACGGAACAUAUUAAAAUAGUAUUAAUAUUUACAAUGUGAAAAGGAUUGCACAUACAAAGGGAUGGAGGUUGCACGGACGAAUGUAAUCAAAACCGCACUGAAAGUACAACACUGUUAAAAUUAGAUUACAGCUCUGGAGGUGAGACCGGGGUUAACUGUGAUCAGAUCAUAUUACAGUAAAGAAUCAUAUCCUCAUAUUUGGAUCGUCUGUGUAUUGGGCCAUAGCCAAGCAUUGUGCAAUUUCAGAUCAUGAUCACUCACUGCGUACUUAGUCUAACAAUAUCAGUCUCAUGAAGAACUUAUGGCAAAAAUACCUUGUAUCCCUCAUCAGAGACAGUAGAAGAGGCUCAUUCUAUGUAAAUCUUUGUAAAGUUUCCGGGUGUUGUAAGUGUGUAUUAGUACGCUCUGAUCAGUCUGCUUAUUUGCCAGUAAGAUUGAACAUGUCAUUGAGGAGGAAGUGUCAUGUGGGGUUAAACAAGUGAAACCUGUUUUCCAACAUCUCACUUUUAUUCUUCUUGCUUGAAAACAUCGUUGGCAUGUCGGCUUCUGUCAUGGACGCUCGUCUUGUGCUGCUCGCUGCUCUGCUCGCUGCUCUGCUGUCCACUUGUUCAGACUCAAGGGAAACCUCUGAUGACGGGCUGCAGAAGAUUUACGCCUCUGCUGGCGAGGCGGUUGUUCUGCCGUGUGAAAUCAAUAGAACCGACGGAGACAACCCAACGGUGGAGUGGGCCACGGGGGGUCCGGUCCAAAAAAUAUACACCUUUGUGUACCGGGACCAUUUUGAGGACUCUGCCACGAAGAAUAAGGACUUCAAGAACAGGACCAGUCUCUUCAUGAACGAAGUGGAUAACGGAAACUUCUCUUUGAGGAUUUUAAACGUGCGGCCCUCGGAUGCAGGGAAGCACGAAUGCAGUAAUAUCCUUGAUAAUAAACUGAUGGUCAUCACAACACUGGAGCUCAUUGUGUGUGCUGCCCCCGAGCCAAAGCUCUCAGUUGUAGAUGUAGAGACUGUGCAGUGUGAGGUGAACAGCUCGCUGCCAUAUCUUAACAUGACGUUUCUUGACCAUCAAGAAAAGAUCAUAGAUCAUGAAGAGCCAAAGAGACAUCCAGAUUCCAGUGGAUGUUUUAACUUCACAGGGAGAGUGAAAGUGCCGACUGCGACCGACAGGAUCACCUGCAGAGUUCACCAGCCUCAGACAAACCAGUCCAGAGAUGUGCAGAUUUACUUCACAGCCAACUGCACGAUGUCCUGCGCAGUUUGGUCCUCCGUCGCUGCUGUUGUUGCUUUUGCUGUGGGGAUUGGACUCGGGUUCCUCGGUUCUGCGGGAAGAAAAACACCUCCUCUGGACUUGCAGCUUCAAGAGAAAGAAAGGAUCAAUAGUGAACUACGUGAAGAACUGAAAGACAUUCGAUCGACGCAGAGCCCUGUCACACGCCAGCCCAACCAGUCUGCGUUUGACGUCAGUCCUACCAAACCCUCACCAGACAUCUUAAAUGUCAUUAACCCACACCAGUUUCCCAACGGCAACAAUCCAAAACCAGGGGCCUCUUCCAACAGCAACCAUUCAAACUCCGGCAGCUUAUCCCAGGAGAAGGAUACAAAACCUGGCGUCCGGAAGCAAACUGCUGCCCCGGACCGCCCAUUGGGAAUACGCCGCUCUCCUUCUCUUUCACUGUAUCAUGGCUCUGUGUCGUCCGAUCCUUCUCAAGACUCCUUUUCAGAGAAUGAGCCUUUAAGGCGUUCCAAGAGUUUGUCUGAGCGCCUUAAUGUAAAUGGUGCAAAGUUCAAAACCUCAGCUGGGACUCUGAACCGUUACAGUGUCCUGGCAGAUUUAGCUGAAGACCCCACCUGAAAGGUUUUUUGAUACUGGGAUGGGAGUUUGGAGGGUUUAAAUAAUAAAAAAGGGUUGCUUUACUGGUGCUAAAUAUAACUCUAGUAUUUGAUAUGGCUUAUCACUUCUAUGCUGAUGACACUCAAUUUUUUUUUUGUGUGCAAGUUCUGGAGUCAGGGUUCAGGACUCCAGGUAUGAAACUUUGCUUUGGUUCCUCCUUAAGACAUGUGACCUCUGGACGUUCUCCUGACGUUUGAAGGAGGUCGGACUUUAAUGAUUCAUGUGAGCACUUUCUGUUCUUUGAGUAACUCAUACCGAGUUGCAGGACACGUAGGGAGUAAUGUGAGGUCCUGUGCAUGUACAGCUGCCUGUUUAAUUCUUUCUUAAACUUUGAGAGAUGGAAAGGUUUUUUUAAGGGGGGCCUUGUUGGGGAUAUCGUUGACAUGUACCAGUUUUAUUUCACUUUCGUUUCUCAGGCUGCAUCAUUUCCUGUUGUGGUUUCAGCCUGAGGUCGAUGGCUGGUGUGAAUGUUUGUGGUUGUGUAGCGAUUGAGCCUCAGACAUUAAGAUAGUAUCGCACCAUGGGGAACUUCACUGUGUUACUUCAGCAAAAAAGGAAUUGGGAAGGAUAUGGUUAGAAAAUGUAAUAGAUAAGUAAAAAAAAAUAAUACGUACAAUGCCAUCAAAUACUGCAUACUUGUAAUGAACUUAUAUUGUAUGAUAAUAAUAUACAGAGUUUUAAGUAUUGCUCUUGUCUGAAAAUGAAAUUGUGUGGGUAGAAAAAAAUAAUUGCAGACUUGUGCAAAACAAUAAAUUGGUGUAAAACUAAA